UUCGGGCUGUGUGUGUGUGUGUGUAUGUGGUGCACGGGCUCUGCAAGGAAACGGCCUGUGGCUUCCUCCCCUUGCUCGUCACCCAGCUCCUUUUCUCCUCCCCGAGCAAUUUGCUGAAGGAGGACUCUCCGGGCGGGGUGGUGGCGGAGAGGUGUGAGGAAACGAACGUGAAGUGGCAAAUGGACUGAGAACCCCCCCCCUUUUUCCCCCCUCCUCCUGAAAGCCAUUGCAAAAGGAAGCUGAGCAGGAGGCGGGGAGAGUGAGGAGCGGCGGCAGCGGCAAUGGCAACGGCAGCCGCCGCCGCUGUAGCCGCCCAGCCCCUGUAGAGCCGAGGCGUUUGCAGAAGGAGGGGCGGGAAAGCGGCCGGGCUGCCGGUGGUGGCUGAAGCCCGCCGCCUUUGGCAACGGCGGAGCCUUGAUUCCCGGCACCGGAGGAGGGUGCUGGAUGCGAGGCGGGGUGCUCCUGGGCGACGUGCAAGGAGGGCUCUCUCGGAUUGCCUUCGACUUGCAAUGCCGGCUUCUCUUUGGCAUGUAAAACCGUGCACAGGAUGAAAUCAGGUCAGUCUUCUAGGAUGCCAGAGGAAAGUUCCCCUCGGAAGACUCCCCAAAAUGUUUCGUAUCAUGAUCUUCCCCAUUUGGUCAAUGCUGAUGGACAGUACCUCUUCUGCAGAUAUUGGAGGCCAGCCACCACCCCAAGAGGCCUGGUGUUCGUUGCUCACGGUGCUGGAGAACACUGCUGUCGCUAUGAUGAACUGGCCCAGAUGUUGACAGGAAUCAACUUUUUUGUGUUUGCUCAUGACCACGUUGGCCAUGGGCAGAGUGAAGGAGACCGUAUGGUUGUGUCAGACUUCCAUGUGUUUGUGAGAGACUGCUUGCAGCACAUUGACCUCAUGAAGAAAGAUCACCCAGGCCUCCCUGUGUUCCUUCUUGGGCACUCCAUGGGAGGAGCCAUCGCCAUCCUCACCGCAUGUGAAAGACCAAAUGACUUUACAGGCAUGGUAUUAAUUUCUCCAUUAGUCGUUGCGAGCCCAGAAGUGGCGACACCAAUCAAGGUAAAGAUCUGGAAGGAAAUGAAUUUCCAGCACACCAGCUAAAUGU